UGUAAGACAGGGAGGGCAUCCACCGAAAGGGACUGGGAACAAAUUUUUGACCAUCACUGGGAAUCCUCCUCACUCCAUAAUCCACUGCCCUCUCUCUCUCUCUCUCUCUCUAUAACACAGUUAACCUCCGACUCAAAUACUUUUUCACACGUUUACAUGAUAUCCUAGUUUUCAACGCUAUAUUAUAUUGGUUUCCCUCUCCCCUCCUCCACCGAGUACUCCCAUCUGCGGUUCUUCAGAAUAUAUAUACACAGCCAUCAAUCCAAAAGGAAAACUACCUCCUCUCUCUUAACCAAAAAGGAGGCCCUCUCUCUGUCUUCCCUCAGCUAGCAAAGCUCAAAUUAUUUUAGAAUGGGUCUGGAAGUCCCUACCGUGAUUCCCACGAUUGAUUUCUCAGGCGAUGUCUGUGAUGUUCGCCGUAAAGUGUUGCAGGCAUGCGAAGAAUUUGGUUGUUUUCAGGCUGUAUACAACGAAAGAGUCUUGCACCAAGUUCGCGGCGAAUUGUUCGAUUCCAUGAUUGAAUUGUUCAAUCUCCCCACCGAGACUAAGGUGAAGAACGUAUCGGAAAAGCCUUACUUUGGAUAUAUUGGGAAAUCAGAUAUUAUUCCUUUGUAUGAGAGCCUAGGAAUAGAGCACGCACACUUGAAGGAAUCAGUGCAAAGCUUCACCGAUUUGAUGUGGCCUAAAGGAAAUCUUCAAUUCUGCGAAACCGUGAAUUCAUUCAUCAAGGAAGUGUGGGAAGUGGAGGGGCUGAUUAGGAGGAUGAUAAUGGAGGGACUGGAUGCCCUAGAUCUCUAUGAAUCACAUGUAAAGAGUAGCACUGCGGUGUUCAGAGUUAUGAAGUAUGAUGCACCUUUGCCCCCCCAGUCGGCUCUAGGACUCAGCCCUCACACUGACAAGAACUUCAUUACACUGGUCUUUCAAGACAAUGUCUCCGGCCUCGAAGUUCUCUCUAAAGAUGAAAAGACUUGGAUCCCCAUAGCCCCUUCUCCUCAAUCCUUUGUUGUCUUCAUUGGUCAGUCCUUCAUGGCGUGGAGUAACAAUAGAUUGCAUGCUGCACAACAUCGUGUGAUGAUGAAGGGAGAUAAAACAAGGUUUUCGUGUGGAUUGUUUUCUACACCCCGAGAUGGAAUGUUGGUAGAGGUACCUACAAACCUCGUCGAUGAAAAGCACCCCUUGGCCUACAAACCAUUCAUUUUCUUGGACUACCUUAACUACUUCUACAAGGAUAGUGGACUCAAGGACAAUGCUCUUCAGACAUUUGCUGGAAUCUAAAUAUUGCAUACUACUAAUUAUGGGAGAAGACUGGGUCAUCCACAAUAUAAGUUGUUUUUUUCUUUUGUGUUUUCUUCCUUUCUCUUCAGACAUUUGCUGCAAUCUAAAUAUUGCAUACUACUAAUUAUGGGAGAAGACUGGGUA